ACCGUGACCUCAGAUGGAAUGCGCUCUGACUAAAUUAAUAUCCUAUUCCUGCAAAGGCAGCUUCUUUUAUUGAAAAAUCUAUUCUUCUUCUUCUUGGCUCGUCUCUUUCUUUACUCUUGGAGGGCGGCCUUUGGUCGCCAUUGUGCUCUGACCACCGACCUAUUGGCGGAGGAGAUAUCUCGGAGGGAAUGCUGAGAGUUGGCGGCGAUCCGCAGCUAUCGUAGACGAUUUAAGUCCCUGUGCGAGAGGACAAUUCUUGAUCUGCAUUUCCGGUGGCAUUUGCCGAAUACACCCUCCCACCAUCAAAAUCCAGUCUUGCAGCCAUGGUGCUGGGCCUGCGGUCGAAGCACAAGAAAGGCGCUUCGGUUCACGUAGAUUACAUCAUCCACAUACUAGAAAUAAAGCCAUGGCCACCAUCCCAAUCGCUGAAAUCCCUGCGUUCCGUGGUCCUGCACUGGGAGAACGGGGACCGUAGUUCUGGGUCCACGAGCAUUGUUACUCCUAACCUUGGAUCAAGCGCGACAGAAGGCAGGAUUGAAUUUAACGAAUCAUUCAAGCUUGAUGUCACAUUAUUGAAGGAUGGCUCAAGUAAAGUCAAUGACAAGGGUGCAUUUCAGAAGAACUUGCUUGAAUUCAACUUGUAUGAACCCAGGAGGGAUAAAUCAAAGGGGCAGCAUUUGGGAAGUGCUCUGAUAGACUUGGCAGAUCAUGGUGUCAUUAAAGAUACUAUGAAUGCUGGCAUUCUGGUGAGCAGCAAGAGGAGCUUCAGGAACACAGCACAGCCGGUGCUCUAUGUUAGGAUCCAACCCCUCAAUAAUGGCAGCAUCAGUUCCUCAUCCAGAGAGACUCUCUCAAAAGAGGCAUCAUUAGAUGGAAAGGAGUCAGUAUCGGACUUGAUGAAUGAGGAGUAUGCCGAGGAAGCUGAAAUUGCAUCCUUCACUGAUGAUGAUGUGUCUUCACCUUCAUCCCUUGCUAACUCAUCAUCUGCUCUGGAGGCAAAUGCAGAUUUCUCAGUUCACAAUGGUCCUGAUGUAGAAGACUACGAGAAUGUGCACCAGAAAGUGAAGGAGGAUGAAGAGGUGCAUGACAAUGAUUCCAAAUUACUUUUGACAUCUGAGCCUGCAAAGGUAGAUGAUGAUGAUUCCAACUUACUUUUGGCACCUGAGCCUGCAAAAGUCGAGUCACAAGUGACAGAAGUUUCCUGUGCAAUGAAUGUUGUCAUCGAUCAAAAUGUGACUUUGCCUGAUUCUUUGUUGGUAGGCUCAUCUAAUAAUAACAAAAUCUUAGAAGAUUGUGAUGGAUCUGAAUCCAAGUCUUCUCAAGAAAGUUCAAUGCUCACCAUGGAGAAGUCAGAAGCCCUGAGCAUGGUGUCUUCAUCUUUCACUCAUAUUAUAAGUCCAGAGGGAGCAACUGGAUUUCACACUGUAAAAGAGGCUGCAGAUGAGAACCUUUUGAUGCAAGAAAUCCAAGAAAAGUCGAUAGAUUGCAAGAGCACAGAAAACAUUGUAGAAGUCCUUGUACAGAAUGAAGAUAAUAGUGUAAUCACAGACAUUGUUGAGCCUUCAGAUUUUGCUUUUCAGAUGAACAAGUCAGGCAUCUCCGAAGCCAAGCAAAAUUUUGAUCAGGAAGGAAAAUCAGAAGAGAGUAGAAAUGAAUCAGAGGAAGCUGAUCAUGGUGCACGUUACAUGUCUGCAGAGACCGAAACUGAACCGUCAGUGGAAGCAAAUGCAGUUGAAAGUCAUCUUACUGAAAAUGAAAAUAUAACUAGUGCCCUUGAGAAUACUUCUAUUGCUACAGCUGAAAGUGCUGAACAUAUUUCAGUCAUUCAGCAGCAUAGUAUUUUGCAAAAUACUGGCGCCAUAUCCACUGACUUGGCUAUAUCUAGCCGGAGAUCUUUUGGUGAGAAACAUAGCAACACUUAUGCCAGUGAAAGACUGAAGACUAUGAAACUUUCAGUGCGGUCACCUCCACGAUUGAUGGGAAGUGUUGCUUAUGGUGCCAGUGACCAGUAUAAAGAAGAUGUUAAGGAAAUUGACAUCCAAGAAGAUGCAUGUAAUAAUGGCACAAACUCUAGCACAGAUGAUGGAAGGGAUGACAAUGAAAGCACUAGCUCAGGUUCAAGUAAAGUGAAACAUGUUUCUAGAGUUAAUGGAAGGGGCUUUUCCAAUAACAAAGUCCAUGAAUUGGAGUUCAGAGUCAAGUUACUUGAAGCCGAGCUGAGAGAAGCAGCUGCCAUAGAGAUAGGCCUUUACUCCAUAGUAGCAGAGCAUGGGAGUUCAGCACAUAAGGUCCAUACUCCUGCUCGACGGCUUUCUAGGUUGUAUAAUCAUGCUUCAAGACAAUGGUCAACCAAAAGGAGGGCAAGUGCAGCUAGAAGUAUUGCAUCAGGACUAGCUUUGGUUGCAAAAGCCUGUGGAAAUGAUGUAGCAAGGUUGACUUUUUGGUUAUCAAACACAAUUGUGUUGAGAGCCAUUGUGACUGAAACCAGUAAGUAUCCAGAUAUUCCAAAAUCUGCUAGUAUUCGCUCCACAAACAAUGGUUCUGUAAAGUUACCAAAGAGCAAAUCUUCUCCAUUGAAAUGGGAAUCUAUUUCUCACAAGAAUGAGAAGUUUUAUUUCUCUGAAGAGUUUGGCGAUUGGGAUGAUCCAGAUACACUGAUAUCUGCACUGGAAAGGAUUGAAAAUUGGAUAUUCUCUCGAACUGUUGAGUCCGUCUGGUGGCAGACGUUAACUCCAUGCAUGCAGUCUGGCUAUGAAGGCAGUGAUCAACAGUUGGGUUCAUACUCACAAAAAAGCUAUGGAAGGACACCAAGCAUGGGUGAUCAACAAGGAAACUUGUCUGUAGAAAUUUGGAACAGGGCUUUUAGGGAUGCCUCUGAGAGGCUUUGCCCCCUUAGGAGUGAAGGACAUGAGUGUGGGUGCUUACAUAUGUUAGCUAGAUUGGUGAUGGAACAAUGUGUAGCACGACUUGAUGUGGCUAUGUUUAAUGCUAUCUUGCGUGAAUCAGAUGAUGAAAUUCCAACAGACCCAGUGUCAGACCCAAUUGGUGACUCCAAGGUUCUUCCUAUUCCUACUAGUGAAUUAAGCUUUGGUGCUGGAGCUCAGCUGAAAAAUGGCAUUGGUAACUGGUCUAGAUGGCUGACUGACCUGUUUGGCAUGGAUGUGGAUGACUUUGAUACCGAAGAGAAUGAUCAAGAUGAUGACAAGAUUCCUAUCUCAGUGUCCUUUAAAUCCUUCCAUCUCCUGAAUGCACUAAGUGAUCUUCUCAUGCUUCCAAAGGAUUUGCUUUUGGAAAAGUCUAUCAGAAAAGAGGUAUGUCCGACAUUUAGUGCAUCAAUGAUCAAGCAUAUACUUAGCAGAUUCCUACCAGAUGAAUUUUGUCCAGAUCCAAUUCCAGAUGCUGUCCUACAAGCUCUAGAAUCUGAGGAACCUUUUGAGAGCAGCCAAGAAGAAAUAAGAAAUAUCCCAUGCGAUGCAUCUCCAAUCAUUUACUCUCCACCAUCAGCUACUUCAAUAAAGAACAUCGUUGGAGAAGUACGAAGAACAUCUUUUCUGAGGAGGAUUGGAUCAUCUGUGCUACGGAAAUGCCACACGAGCGACGACGAACUUGAAGAACUCGAUUCACCCCUUGCCACCAUCAUCACUGACAAUUUCUCUUCUCCGAAGAUCGAGACCAAACAUGCCAGUUCCAGCUUUAUCAGGUACCAGUUGCUCCGAGAGGUUUGGAGAGACGAUGAUUAGUCUCUUCUUUUUCUUCUUACAUCAUUUUUUCUUUUUCUUUUUUUGCUUCUUGUAUGUAAAAUUCAAGCGAAUAAUCUUCUCUUGUGUAUAUUGUGCUUUGUGUCAACUUGAGUUGCAGAGAAAUGCAUGCUUUGUUUAGAUUUGGCAUA